AUGGAAGGAAUUGGAAGGUUACCAGAACCGAUGAAAUUUGAGGGAAAUCUCGAUGAGAAUUUCAAGAAAUUUUAUCAAAGUUUUGAACUGUAUUUGGUAGCAACAGAAAAGGAUCAAAAAGCAGAUACAGUAAAAACAGCAUUAUUGCUAAACACUAUAGGCAGUGAAGGCAUCGAAAUAUAUAACACAUUUAGGUUAACCAGCACACAGAAAAGCGAUUAUAAGGUAGUGGUAAAUGAAUUCAAGAAAUAUUGUGCCCCAAGAAAAAACAGAACAUAUGAAAGGUUUGUGUUCAACAGUCGAAAUCAACAAGUGGAUGAACCAUUUGACAAAUUCUUCGGUGAUCUCAAAAAGUUAAUACAGUCAUGUGAGUAUGCGGACCAAGAAGACACAUUACUAGUAGAUAGAAUAAUACUAGGUACAAAUGAUUUAAAUGUUCAAGAAAAACUACUUAACAUACAAAAUGUUACAUUGGAGACUGCAGUAGAAACAUGCAGAAAUUAUGAAGCAACCAGGAGACACCUGCAGAAUGUAAGAAAUAAAGAAGAAGCUGCAGUUGAUGUUGUUAGAAGACAGAAGCGACAUAACAAACAAAAAGAAGAAAGAGGGCAAGCAAGCACUGAAGAAAAUAGCGGAAAACACUUUAAAUGCAAUAAGUGUGAUAAAGUUCAUGGAUACAGAGAAUGCGCAGCAUAUGGAAAAACAUGUUACAAGUGUGGAAAGAUGAAUCAUUUUAGUAAUGUAUGUAAAACAAAACUGAAGAAUGUGAAGGACGUCACAAAAGAUGAAGAAAGUGAGUCUGAAGAAGAUGAUCUGUAUGUAAGCAGCAUAGUCAGAGUUGGAGAGUUGUCAAAGAAGACCAAGUCAAUUUGGACGGAAAUCAUAGAAGUCAAUGGGAAAGCAUUGAAGUUCAAAAUAGAUACGGGAUCUGAAGUCAACAUAAUACCACUCGUGAUAUACAAGUCAAUAGCAGCGGAUGGAAGUCAACGGAUACGACAAACACGAACAUUACUACAAGCAUAUGGAGGAGGAAAAAUCAAGCCAAUAGGAAAAGUUAAACUUAGAUGUAAAAAUACAGAUAGGGACGAAGUAUUAGAAUUUAUUGUUGUUGAUUUAAAUGUAAAACUGAUACUCGGGUUGCCUAGUAUUCAAAAGUUAGGUUACAUUAAACACAUUAAUAACAUUCAGAUAAAUAGUGAAAAAGAAAAGUUCAUACAGUCGAAUAUUGAUAUAUUUACAGGUUUAGGUACAUUUAAAGAUACUUGUACAAUAACAUUAAAGAAAAACAGUGAACCUGUUGCUAGACCAUGUAGACGUUUAGAAAAACAAAAAAUAAUCGCUAAAGUCAAUGGUGCUAGUGAAUGGGUAAACUCCUUAGUAAUUAUAGAGAAACCAAAUAAAACCUUGCGGCUCUGUUUGGAUCCACAAGAACUGAAUAAAUGUAUUGAAAGAGAAUUUUUUGAAAUUCCUAGUUUUGAAGAAAUAAAUAGUAAACUUAGUGGAAAGAAACCGUACUAG